AUGGACAGGUUGCAUUCGUCCAUGCGUAAAAGGCUCUACAGUUUGCCUCAGCACAUCGGACAGAAAGCUACGACCAUGGGUGAAGCUGAAGACACCGACAAGGACACCCGGAGGAAGAGCAUCAGGAUGAAACCCCUGCCGUCUCCGACCUCCGGGGGUGCGAGCUGCAAAGGGGAGACCAAAAGCGGAGAGCCCUUGAUCAUGGAGACGGACAUCGGGAGACCCGUGAAAACCAGUUCCAACGGGGACUGCCGGAGGUUCCGAGGCAGCCUUUCGUCUAUCACCAGUCGGCACGUCUCGGAUGCAGCGGAGGAGAGGCGUCUGAUCACGGAGGGAGAAGUCACCCCGAGUGAGUCGAGCCCCCCUGGAGCCGCGGGUGGCGGCGCGGAGCCCGGGGCGCAAGGCGGCGCAGGUGAUGAUGCCCCCGGUACGAGCCAGCAUCAGGGCACCCCCGAUCAGCAGGCUGGCUUUAUAAAGCUAGAGGGCAUCGAGCAGAUCUUACCGGACGAUGAGAGAUAUUACCAAGCCGGCUUCAUGCACAGGCAGUUCGGGGCGAUGCUGCAACCAGGGGUCAACAAGUUCUCCCUAAGGAUGUUUGGGAGCGAGAAGGCGGUGGAACGGGAGCAAGAACGGGUAAAAUCCGCUGGGUUCUGGAUUAUUCACCCCUACAGUGAUUUCAGAUUUUACUGGGACCUCACCAUGCUGCUCCUAAUGGUGGGAAAUCUAAUCAUCAUUCCUGUGGGCAUCACCUUCUUCAAAGACGAGCACACACCACCGUGGAUCGUCUUUAAUGUGGUUUCUGACACAUUCUUCCUCAUGGAUCUGGUGUUAAACUUCCGCACCGGGAUCGUAAAGGAGGAUAACGCAGAGAUUAUUCUGGACCCUCAGCAGAUAAAGGUCAAAUAUCUGCGCUCGUGGUUUGUGGUGGACUUCAUCUCCUCAAUCCCUGUGGACUACAUCUUCCUUAUCGUGGAGACACGGAUAGAUUCGGAUUUCUACAAAACGGCACGCGCUCUCAGGAUUGUACGCUUUACGAAGAUUCUCAGUCUGCUUAGACUCUUGCGGCUUUCACGGCUCAUACGCUACAUUCACCAGUGGGAGGAGAUCUUUCAUAUGACCUAUGACCUGGCCAGUGCGAUGGUGCGAAUCGUGAAUUUAAUUGGAAUGAUGCUGUUGUUGUGUCACUGGGACGGCUGCCUGCAGUUCCUGGUGCCCAUGCUGCAAGAUUUCCCUGCCGACUGCUGGGUCGCCAAGAACAAGAUGGUGAACAACACGUGGGGACAGCAAUAUUCGUACGCGCUCUUCAAGGCUAUGAGUCACAUGUUGUGUAUCGGGUAUGGCAUGUACCCGCCUGUCGGCAUGACAGAUGUGUGGCUGACCAUUCUCAGCAUGAUUGUGGGUGCGACGUGCUACGCCAUGUUUGUUGGCCACGCCACCGCUCUGAUUCAGUCGCUGGAUUCGUCACGGAGACAGUACCAGGAGAAGUACAAGCAGGUGGAGCAGUAUAUGUCCUUCCAUAAGCUGCCAGCAGACAUGAGACAGCGGAUCCAUGAUUACUACGAGCACAGGUACCAAGGGAAGAUGUUUGAUGAAGAGAGCAUUCUGGGAGAACUGAAUGAACCGCUGAGAGAGGAGAUAAUAAACUUCAACUGUCGAAAGUUGGUGGCAUCCAUGCCGCUGUUCGCCAACGCAGAUCCUAAUUUUGUGACAUCAAUGCUCACCAAACUUCGCUUCGAGGUCUUCCAACCUGGAGAUUACAUCAUACGGGAAGGAACUAUUGGAAAAAAGAUGUACUUCAUCCAGCAUGGUGUCGUGAGCGUGCUCACUAAAGGAAACAAGGAGACCAAGCUGUCGGAUGGAUCGUACUUUGGAGAGAUCUGUCUGCUGACACGGGGUAGACGCACUGCCAGCGUUCGGGCGGAUACAUACUGCCGUCUGUAUUCACUGUCUGUGGACAACUUCAAUGAAGUCCUGGAAGAGUAUCCCAUGAUGAGGAGAGCAUUCGAAACCGUUGCUCUAGACCGCCUGGAUCGCAUCGGGAAGAAGAACUCUAUUCUUCAGCAUAAGGUCCAGCACGACUUGAAUUCAGGGGUUUUGAACUAUCAGGAGAGUGAAAUCAUCCAACAGAUUGUGCAGCAUGAUCGGGACAUGGCUCACUGUGCCAACCUAAUGCAAAUCCCGUCUCCACCUGCUCCACCUUCUCCAACACCUGUUAUCUGGGCCCCGCUAAUCCAGGCACCUCUACAGGCUGCUGCUGCAACCACUUCUGUUGCUAUUGCAUUAACCCACCACCCCCAUCUUCCUGCCACUCUCUUCCGACCUCCUAUUUCUGUCCUGGGAUCGAGGAAGGAGCCAUCCAGCCGGUUGAAGAAGUUUCAAACUGUGGUACUGAAGUCAAGAGGCUCUGGAUCAAUUGGUGACGCCCCUUCCAGUUCGCCUUCAAAGCGUCUGACUGGUUUUGAUACCCCUCUUCUCGCAACGCUUCAGACACAGCACUUGUCAGGUACCACUGCUUUCAGCAGUACUAGCCAGCAGGCUUGCAGUAGUAGCUCACAGUCUGGGCCCAGUGGGGCAUCUACAUUCCCAUUUGGGAGCUUCUCUUGCUCCUCGACAUCGCCAAUGUCCAGUACUGCACAGCUCCAUUCGCAGCCCCGACAGAAACAGCCCAUUCCUCCUAGCACCCCUCCACUGUCAGGAUGCCUCCAGAAAGCGGCGACAGCUGUUGGCAUCACAAGUGGGAUCUUGUCUACAACCUCGUCAAAUAAUAGCCCGCUUUCUACAGGCUUGUUCAGUCAUGCUCCCAGUCAGUUUUUACAUGGCCAGCCUCCAUCAAAACACACUCAAAUGGGCUCCUUACAGCAGUUUGCUGGUGGAGGGGGCAAGACAUCAACAGGGUUGAACAUCUUGCAUACUCCCCCACAUGGAUCCCCUUCUUCUAGCCAUGCCCAAACCCAUGACGGUUCUACAUCAUCACAGACCCUACCCACUUUAGCCAGCCUACAAUCUAGCUAUCUUCCACAAAUUCCUUUAGAAAGGUCAGCGCUAGCUUCCCUGGCUCAAUACGGCUCAGCUAAUGCCUCACCUUGCUAUACCCCUUUAGCCCCUAGUCCAACUAUCCACAGCCCUGUUACAGGGAGAACUUUCCAAUAUAGUGACCCAUCCAUUGCAGGUGGCUCUCACAGCUCUCUGCUCCUACCCCAAUUAUCCUGUCCUGGCCAGCUCCCAGGCCAUCAUGCCUCAGGGACGGACUCUCCACUGGGCUGCUUUUAUGAGGAUUUGAAUAUACUUUCCAGUUCCCUCCCUUCAUUAGCUAUAGAGGGGGCCCAAGCUAUUGGUCAGUCCUCCCCUCUGUCCAUUAUGGAGCCUGGUUACUGCCUCUCCCCCUAUUCAUCACCAAUGCUUACACCCAAGCCCUGUAGCUCGGUAUCUGGGCAUAUGGCUACCCUGGUACAAACUUCUCCUGGGUCACAAGCCCAGGCUCAUUCUAUAGGGACAUCACCUGCACUUUCUCUCCCGAGGGCCUCAGACGCCCAUUCGUCUGAACUAGAACCGCUACGUUCUAAACUUCCUUCCAAUUUGUGA